GCCCCUCUCCCGUCUCCCCACGUCGGAACGGCCACCGAGACUGUAUACGCCUUUGAGCAUCCUUAUACCCUCUCCCCCAUCUCCUCCCGUCGUCCUGGCCCCCGUCCUCGGAGUCGCCAUCAAUGCCAUCAUCAACACCGUCAAUACCAUCAAUACCAUCAUUGACGGCAUCAAUACCAUCAACACCAUCGAUAACAUCAGCUAAGGUACACAAGCGAUCAGUCGUCUUCCUACUCCUCGUUCCCUCCGCGUCGUCGUGGUUCUCGUCCUCGCCAUCAACGCCGUCAAUAUCAUCAAUACCAUCAACGCCAUCACUCGUCUUCCCAAUCCUCGGUCCCUCCCCGUCGUUAUAGUCCUCGUCCUCGGAAUCAAUGCCAUCAACGCCGUCAACGUCAUCAAAUACGGUACCCAAGCAAUUACUCGUCAUUCCACUCGUCGUUCCCCUUCGCGCCCAGCACCGGUCUCUAAAGCUACGUCUCCAGCCACGUCACGCCGCUGUUCCUCGUCCUAUUCCUGCUGCACGUCAGCGUACCUCUACGAUUUCGAUUCCCAAUCAUCACCUGCGAGAAAACACUCACGCAUCGCUUGCAAAUGGAGGGCGACGGUUGACAUCAGAGUCGUGAGGUUGAGUUCCCAUUCUGCCACCGC